GCAGUUAAUGUAUUGCACUCUUUAUAUAUGUACUCUUCCCAAUAUGUAUUGCAACUGCUAGGUUUUAUUUUAUCUUAUCUGAUGUCCUAGUGAAACAAAAUUCAUGUUGUUGCAAUGAGGGAUUCUAUAGGUCUAUAGUUUUUUUUUCAUACCUUGGAGACUUAGAUGACAUUCCAACUUCCUGAAAACUAUUAAUUGCGAUUCCCUACCUGUACACCAGAUGCCCUCAUAAUCUUUCACUAGACUCCCUAAUUCACCUGCUCACCUGUUCUCAUUUCCCUCAUCAGUCACUCACUACAAAUGCCAGCCCAGAGACUUUGUUCUGCAUUUCUGUUGACCAGUAUCAACAUCUGUUUAUAAGCUCUCAGUAAUGGUGAAAAUUGAAUUAUAACAAUAUGAUUAUGACUUAUCAUUGAAUUGUAACAGGUGCACCCCCAGUUCUUAUUUGGUUUCGACCGUGGAAGACCCAGGUGAGACUGGAUAUCUUUCACUUCAUGAGGCGAUUCACCUGUGGUCUCACGACAGAGCACCACCCUCUGUAUGGCAUUUUCUGCUCGAAAUUGUCCAAUUGCAUUUUUGAGUGGGACCAGGAUGACAUCGGCCGCCUCAAAGAAGCCAAAAGGUCAGAACUGAAAAAAAAGCAUACUGGUCAUGCUCCCACAGAAGUGCAAGUUCUGGCCAACAUCAGCUCCAGUGAACUGGCCAGGCAUUGCAGAAGGAGAACUCGUGGGGUUGAGGAAAUCCGUGGUCUGAUUGACGGAUUGCUGAAGUCCAUGUGGGAGCUGACAGACUCCUCAGGUUUACGCCUGAUUAACCCUGAGAGCAUGGCAAAUGUGUGGGCAGUGCAACAGAAACAUUUGCCAUGCAUCCAAGAUCCACCCGGUGUUGAACUCUACACGAAACGUGGCUCAGGGUUAUAAAAGGGAGACAAGGUUCUGGAUGUCUUGAGAUGUGCCAGAGGGUCCUCUUCUGUGGAGAGCUUUCAUCGCCACCAGUGCACCUUUAUCCCAGGCUGGAGAUGUAACGCGAUGCACACUCAAAUGUACAUGCUUGAGGGUGGUUCCAGAUGGAACAUGAACCGAGCCCAUGCAGCUGUGGAUGUGAGUGGUGCAUCCAAUACCAAGAUCUACGACGUCCGCCUGAUGUCAAACCUAAAUGCCCUCAGCAACAGAGUCCUUGGUUGUGCACUCCUGCCAGAAUUCACUCCCCCUGGAAGACCCACUGAUGAGCGUGUUGCUGUGGAAUAUUUGCUGGCUCAGUCUGACAGAGGGGACCUGCUGGGUCCACAACGGCACGGUGAACUUGGCCUCAUUUUGCCAGACCUCCAGGUACAAGUUCAGGAGGAGGAGUGUCUUGAUAUCACAAUAAGUGAUGCAGCUGAGAUUCUCAAUGAGAGCCCACCUGAAGCCCCCCGGUGUGAAGAUGAGGUGGACAAUUCACCUCCUCACCGUCCUCUUCCCCAUGACAACUCACCCAACACAUCAUCCCAGGAUAGCCAAUGUGAUGUGAGAGGUGUUCCUGGUUGGGAGGCGGUUGAUAACUUGGCGGAGUACCUGGUCAACCUCAACCGCACAAUAACUGCGCUGUCAACUGCAGAGGUAGCUGAGAUUGUGCGCCUGUAUUCCAGCCUGGAUGCCAUGGAUAAAUCGCCCUCCAAAUACACUCUCAAAUGCAAGAAGAAGACCUUGACAGGGCCGUGGAGAGCUUCCAGAAAACGUAGUGGCUCUGCACCUGGUCAACAAGCAGCUGAAAGACUAUUUAUGACCCAUGGCCAGGCGGCACAGAGGCCUGAUAUGAACAGAGUCUCUGAAUGUGUUAACAUCAAGCUUUUGAAGGAGUACCAGCAAGCCAGAAAUAGGCCAAAAGACUGCAAAGGGAAAACACUGCCAAUUCCACAGUCGAUUGUGCAAACAUACUGCCAUAUAAAACAACUGCUGGAAGACAGCCGGGUUAUCCAGGACCAGACCAACUUGGUUCUGGUAACCAUUAACAACACAACAGUGUCUUCUUGGUUGCAUCAAAGACAGAAAAGGGCUGACCGGGACUCACUUUUGAAGGAGGUACAGCUUCCCCAGGUCUCUGCAGCUAGGGAGUCCUUGCCAAAAGCAAGAGAACUCCCGUCUGCACCUGGGGAACAUGGACAUUUGGUGAUGGAGUUCCAGGAGCCAGAGAAUAAGGAGGGCCAGGCAGUGAUACGCCGGCGCCAAAGCGUCAAAACUGGCUGUCCUCCUAGGUUGUUGCCUGGUUCUUCUGCCUCCUCCUCCUCAUAUGAGCAGGGUCCUCUGCCGCCUGCCCCAUCACCAUCACCUGCCUCCUCCUCAUAUGACCAGGGUCCUCUGCCGCCAGCCCCAUCACCAUCACCAUCACCUGCCUCCUCCUCAUAUAAGCAGGGUCCUCUGCCGCCAGCCCCAUCACCAUCACCAUCACCUGCCUCCUCCUCAUAUGAGCAGGGUCCUCUGCCGCCUGCCCCAUCACCAUCACCUGCCUCCUCCUCAUAUGACCAGGGUCCUCUGCCGCCUGCCCCAUCACCAUCACCUGCCUCCUCCUCAUAUGAGCAGGGUCCUCUGCCGCCUGCCCCAUCAUCAUCACCUGCCUCCUCCUCAUAUGAGCAGGGUCCUCUGCCGCCUGCCCCAUCACCAUCACCUGCCUCCUCCUCAUAUGACCAGGGUCCUCUGCCGCCUGCCCCAUCAAUCAUCACCUGCCUCCUCCUCAUAUGA